AUGGAGCCGAGGGUUCCUUGCGGCGACGGAGGCCCCGAGCUGAGGGCCGCGAGAAGGCAUCGACAGGAGGGCGAGCAAAUCCACGUCCUCGAUCCGCGAAUCCUAGAGCCUCAGCGACAGAGGUCGAAUCCAUUCAGGAACAUCUUUCAUCUAUUAACUCAACGAGAGGUCUCACCUCGAACGAAACACCACGCCAAAAGAAUAUGGAAUAAGUCUCCAAAAUAUGAUCCUGAUUUAAUUGAGUUAAGGUUUGCCGAUGCAGAUGCUAAACUUGAUAUUUUUUCUUGGGCAGAAUCAAAGUCCCUGCAUCGCUGGACUGCCAAGUAUUGCCCUCUUUUGCCACCUCCUAGGUCAACUAUUGCAGCUGCUUUCAGUCCAGAUGGAAAAACACUUGCGUCACACAAUCGGCCAAUUGCGUCCAUUGCAUUUCAUGGAAGAGGGGAGAUUCUGGCAGUUGCAUCAGGUCACAAAUUGUACAUAUGGAACUACAAUAAGAGAGAUGACGCUUCUUUCCCUGCCAUCAUACUAAAAACCCGCCGUUCGUUGAGAGCUGUGCAUUUUCACCCGCAUGGGGCUCCAUAUCUUCUGACAGCAGAGGUUAAUAAUAUAGAGUCUGCAGACUCACCCCUGACUCUGGCAAGAUCCUCUGGAUAUUCAAAUUACCCUUCAGCCCUGCUGGUGACAAACACUAAUUCUAGGUUCUGUCCACUUCCUGAGCCCAAUGUGAUGUCACCUUGCUUACUGUGGCCUGCGUACCUCAGAGAUGAUGGAAUUUUACAUGUGCUUGGCAAUGACAGUAGUUCAACCAUUGUGCAGCAGAGAUCAUCAUUAGUUCAACCUUCCACAUCAGAUACUGCAAAUGUACAGCUUGAACAGUUUGCUACCCCUAUGGAUGUAUGUCCUGGAGAGCCAACUUCAUCUAAUGACAUAUCAGAUGCAGUCACUGUGCCUACUUCAAAUGGAAUUGAAAUGCAUGGUGCGUGCGGCCAGUCUAACUCAAGACUGCAGGGAGGCAGCUCUAUUAGUAAUCUUGAGAGGUUCAGUGCUAGAGAUGAUUUGCAAGUGUCUUCCCUGAGCAGCACUGAGCCAAUCCCAUCAACACCUGGGCCUUCAGGAUCUGUUUUAUGCCGUGCUAUGCCACUGAAUAUGCUCCUCACUGGUGGAUUAGAUGUUCAAAUGUUCCUAAGAAAUAUAGGAAGUGGACAACAGGAUCAUUCUCUCUUCGGCGACUCACAUAACUGGGAGGUGCCAUUUGUGCAGGGUUUUUUGAUGGCCCAAAACCGUACAGGUUUGCACCCUGCACUUGUGAACAAUAAUGUCCUUGUAGACCUAUCUAUUGCUGGUACUGCAGGGAUUAAUAACUUGACUAGGGAAUCACCACACAUGCAUAACUUUGGAUGUCCAAGUGCUUCAUCAUCGAUUCCCCUUACUGCUGGCAGUUCUAGGGGACCAAAUCGACGCUAUGCCUCACGCUCUGUACCUGGGGUUGGGAGUUUGCUCCUAGGUCCUCAAAUUGACGAAGAUGGAGCUCAUGCUGCUUCACUAGGUGCUGGUUCAGAAAUCACUGCGUCAAUGCUUGCUCCUGGUACUGAAUUGCCUUGUACAGUGAAGCUCAGAAUAUGGUGGCAUGAUAUCAAGGAACCAUGUGUUCCUUUAGAACCUGAGGCAUGCCGUCUGACGAUUUCUCAUGCCGUUCUUUGCAGUGAAAUGGGUGCCCAUUUUUCCCCAUGUGGACGAUUUCUGGUAGCUUGCGUUGCAUGUUUGUUGCCUCAAACAGAAGGCGACCAUGGUAGCCAAUUGCCUGUGCCUUAUGAAGGGGCUGGAUCAUCACCAACUCGUCACCCGCUUCCCUCUCACCGAGUUAUUUAUGAGCUUCGGGUUUAUUCGCUUGAGGAGGAGACAUUUGGGGAUAUUCUUGCUUCCAGAGCAAUAAGGGCAGCACAUUGCUUAACUUCCAUUCAGUUCUCACCUACAUCCGAACACAUACUUUUGGCAUAUGGUCGUCGUCAUAGCUCGCUCCUUAGGAGCAUAGUCGUGGAAGGAGAAAAUGGGAUUCCUGUAUAUACUAUUUUGGAGGUAUAUAGAGUUUCAGAUAUGGAGCUUGUGAGAGUGCUUCCUAGCACUGAAGAUGAAGUCAAUGUUGGAUGCUUUCAUCCUUCACCAGGAGGUGGCCUUGUUUAUGGGACUAAGGAAGGGAAGCUCAGGAUCCUUCAACACAAUGGCGCAGACAUGACAAACAUGGGGGUGGGUUGCUUCAUUGAGGAAAAUAUGGUUGAGAUGGGCAGCUUCAGCUUACUGGGCUAG